AUGCCCAACUCGAACCUUGGAGAAGGUGGCCGCGAGGUCAGAGUGAACCACGCGCAGAAGGUCCCACAAGCAGCAGAAAUCGUGGGGAAACCAUUUCAGGUCAACGCAGAAGCUGCCGCUAGUGCGGCACAGCAAUCCGAACAGCAUGGAAUCGUGACAGCAGAGGCUAUUCAAGGGCUGCCGCCAUCCUCGACCGCGUUGCAGGCGUCGCACCGACCCCCUGGUGCAGCGAGACCACCUGUAACGCCAAUGGGUGCUGAUCUGCUCCUCCGUACUUUCACGUAUACAUCUUUUGCGCUGAAGGAGCCCGCCAAGCUGUCGUCAGCGUUGCUGGUGCAUCUGAAGUAAGGGCAUUUGAUGCUCUGUGGGUUCUAUGGAUACGGAGUGCAUGAAUGAAACUGACCCGCCGGAUCAACUCCCGUUUCUGUCCGUAUUAAAGAGACGUGGCUCCUGAAUCAGUCCUACAGGUGACUUUCAAUCCAGCCACCAUCACGACGUGGCGGGAGUAAGGAUGCAAAUUUUGUGAAGUUGCCAG